AGCCGCGUAAGCAUUUCAUUGCACAUUGUUUAGUUAAUGUCUGGCAUUUACUAAAACGCAUUGUUUUUUAAAAUGUAUGUCAAGUUGCUCGGAAGCAUUAUUGAAAUAUAAUGCAAAAUAUUGAAGACCCAAAUUUAGAAUAUAUUGAAGAUCCUUAUUUUAAUCCACAAGCUUCCAGUGCGACUCCGAGUUUAGAUGAACCGGAUCUGGACGAAUAUGACUUACUGGAAAAUGAAUUAGAUUUGUUUGAUUUGCGUCAGUUGGACUUUGAUGAAGUAACUCAUAACAGUAUAUAUUCCUAUCCAGACGAAUCAGAAUCAGUUAAUGUUGAAGCCGAAUUUUUUAAUGUAAAGAGAGCUAAUUUGAUAAUAAGAACUUUUUUUAAAAACAAGUUAAAGAAACAAGUCCGGGUAACAUAUUGUGAUCUUACUAAACCAUAUCUAGCAAAAUUACCUAAAGAUAGUAAUUUUCGAAGAUAUUUAGAUAUUACUACUAACGAAGAAGCCAUGGCAGCAUCAGAAACCCCAAUUCCGGAUCUUUCUCACUUGUCUACAGAAGAAAAAGCUGAGCAGGAAAGAUUAUGGAGAGAGGAACUAGUCACGAUCGAAGACGAAAUCUCGACGUUGCGGACAGUUCUUGCGUCUAAGAUGCGCAGAAGUGCCGAACUAAAACGGAAUUUAGGCAUCACCGUAUGGAAAGAAGUAACAGACGAUAUUAAUCAAGGAAUUAAGAAUGUCAAGGAGAGUAAUGUAUACCAAACUGUAGAAACUAAAGUUGGUCAAGUAACUAAGGCUGUGACAGAUGCUCCUAUAUAUCAGAAAACGUCAUCACUUAUAGGAGGGAUCACGGGAAACAUUACCAAUAAAAUAGGACAAAUGCGACACUCAGAAUCAUUCAAAUCUUUCGAGGAAAAGGUUGGAUCUGCAUAUGAAAAUGUUAAGACCAAGGUAGCAUCCCGUUCUGGUUCUCAACACAGCUUGGACGAAGCCGGCAGGUCGCGCUCAGGUUCCACAGUUACGAGUCCAACAAUUCCAGAAGAUAAACCAUUGGCGUAGGACACUAAAUUUCUACUUAAAUAUCAAACGAUCACAUAAAACAGUACGCCAGCCGAUAUGCCUUGAUAAAAAGCUUGUCCAAGAAAAUACACAUGCGUUUGAUUUAUUUAAUACCUAGUUGUUACUAUUUUCAUCGCCAAUUCUAUACCUAUUUUAUUGCCUUUGCUCGGAGGUUUAUGUAAUGUUAUAUUCUAGUUUUAUUAAGGGGUCAAAUUGCAUCUUGGGUAUUUAAAUUGGCCUAAACUAGUAAUUCUACAAAACUAAUGUAAAGCGCCAUCACACUAGGUUGUCUUGGUAACGUGUUCAGUAGCUUCGCAGUAAUGUCACAAUGUGUGACGUAAUAUGUGCAAGAGAAGGCAUGCCAAAUUUGACAGCACCAAAAUAGCGUUGCUGUGAAUCUCUUUAUAGCUUUCUACGUGUGUCUAACAUAGUUUAACAAAUUAAAAUCAUAUAAAAAUGAUAAGAAAAAUUAUAUAAAAUGAUACGAAUAUUAGAUACUCAUUUCAAAAUCCUGAUCAAAACAAAAGAGAAAUUUAUUAAAUAAAUUAACUUAAUAAUAAACUUACUUGUUUAAUAAGAAAUUUAUUAAACAAUUUAAGUUAUUAUAAAUUACGUCAGCAUUCAUAACAUUCUAAAUGGAAGGAAGGGAUGCCAACACUGUUAGUGGCUCCGUUUAGACAAACAUCUAGGACGGUUGCUAGUGUAUUUUAUGUGCACUAUGGAACAUAUUGCUUUUUGUGUUCAGAUUGGCCGAACGCCUGGUCACGCUGCUGUAGCAGCCUAGUGUUAUAAAUAUAUAAAGUAUCACAUGUAAAAUUUUAUUAAUAAAAAUGUGGAAAAUAAAAAAAACUAUGAUUUUUCUUACGUUUGGUUCCUUUGAAGUGCAGAUCUAUCAGUGUCACAUUUUUAUUAAGCAAAAUAUACCAUCAAGUUGAAAAAGAAACUUGAUGUCUCAUUAUCAUUUCAGUUUUUAGCUUUUUAUAACCAACUCAACUUUUAUUUUCGGUUGUUUAACGGCGUUUUAUUAAGAAAACUUACAAAAUUCCGUUUUUAACCUCCAAAAUUUCGCUUAUUUUUCACUUUCGCUUAUUUCACUUAAUUUUAAUAUGACAAUAUGUUCGAUAAAGAAUAUCUGUUAUGUGGGGAGUCGGUCGUGUUCUCCUUCAUCAUUGAGUUCAAUUUUCAUUUUGCAUCGAUUUUACAUAAAUAUUUCAUUUCACUUUUUUUCAUUUAUUCUUUUAAUCCUGUUGUGGUUUACUAUUCUGUUUUUAAUAUUUUGUGUUAAGGAUAUUUUAUUUACUUUCUUACCGAUGAAUUUAUGCCCAGAUUUUUUUAUAUCAGUAUAGCUAUGUUGAUUUACUUUCUUCUUAUUAUUUUCUUAACCAUAAAAUUGAAUUCAUUGGACUUUGGAAUUUUGGCUACCUGGACUACAGCACUUGUACAAUUUUUCUCCGAUAUCUUAGUGGCGUAAUCAUUCAUAAUGGCGGGUGGGCGCCAUUUUAUAAAAUUUUUUCAAAUUAGAUCAUAUAGCAAGUAAAACCCUUUAAAAGCUCUUGUAUCAUUCGGCAUGUUCCUAGAUAUUUGUAUAAUUCUGUCUCGAAGAUAAUUUGGUAGUAUUCAGCUUUUAUGAAAAUUGCUUCAACUGGUCAAUGUAUUUUCCAGUUUUCCACACACUUCAUUCGACGUGUCUUUUAAAUUAUGUUGCGAAGUUGCAAAGUUUUUGGAAGCAUAGCUUUCUUAUCGCGAGUUACGGACGGAGAGGUUCACCGCCGUUGAUUGCACUGAAAAGUGUGAACAAAAUAAAAACGACUGUAGCUGCUGUAAAGACAUAUCGCGCGAAGACACUACCACCCAUGUGUGUUUAUUAAUAAUAUUAAAAUAAAAUCGAUUGCAAUCGAAUCAAAUCGAAACGAAUUAAAUAAAUUUAAAAAAUGCGCUCCGUGCAUAGAGGAUAAGAAAGCUAUGCUUUCCCUUCUCGGUCACUCCCGGAGUGACAUCCCAUUUUUUUUUCUAUAACACAUAAAUGGUAAGAGUUUUCAAAGGUGUAUCACAUGCUAAUAUUUUCAUUUAUCAAAAAUGGCUAUGACGUCAUAUUUUUGACAAACAUGAAUAAAAAAAAUAUUGUAUCGGAAAUGGGAAACUGGAGUAAUACGUUCGACCUGUUUCAGCGUUUUCCAUAUUGCCGCCAUCGAACAAUGAACGGUCGUCAUUUUGAGACAGCGUGAACAAAAUAAAAAUAUAUUAGUUUACUGAGUUCACAAUAGCUUUCAAAUGAGAUAUGACUUACCAUAUGAUCCCAUGUCAUUUUGAAUUAUUAGGUCACUAAAAAGUCAUGGAAAAAAGUACAGAUAUCUUAGUUCACUUAUCCAAAAAUUUAAUAAAAUUGUAUGGUUCCAAAACUUUACAUUUGCCUUCAUAACUGCUCAGACGUGUAUCUGUAGAGUAGGGGGGCGAGUUAAGUUCCACAGCACUUAGGCCACAAUUGUCCCAUUGUGCAUCCUCCCAAGGAGUUGUCGUCCUUAGCCCAUUGCCCAUCUUGCCAGGUAUAGGAAGGUGGACAAGUCAUUAGGAAGUCCGUAUGUGGACCAGGACUCGCCGAAGCGUAUUUCCUAGUCAUUCCCAAGUACUUCUUUGAUGUCGACUUUUCAAGGUUACUUAGUGUUACCUUGGCAAGUCAACAUCCUUGCCCUUCUUCUCAUCUUUUUACGGUUUGCAUAUGGGAAUGACAUUUAACAAUUUCCGCGAUUUUUGUAGUUGACCAGCCAAAAAGAUCCCCAGGUCAUGCAAUAGGCAUUUGCCACGUUCGUCUUUCUUCGGUUUUGUAGGGUUUUUCAAAGACAUACUUUGGUUUAAUUACGUCGCAGCCUGCAGCGCAUCCAGCUCUCCCCGCCAGAAACGAGUUCUCAGUUGUCCCCCUCCUACAUCAAGGUUUGCGACAGCUGAGCGCAGUCGCAUCAUUGUCACCAGCGUCACCUCUUUGACAUAUAUGUCUAGAGGAGUGAUGCCAAUGACAAAAUCCAUUGCAGCAGUUGGUGUUAUUUUCAUGGCACCUGUUAUAUUUAUGCAAGCCAUCCGUUGAAUAUGGUUCAGUUUGUGUAUCGCUGUUGCCUGUAGCACUUUUGGUACCCAAAUAAUAGCUCCGUAAGUUAGCAUUGGCCUAUCAGGCGUGUAUCUUUAAGACAUUGUUCAAUACCAAAGAUCAAUUGGAUCCCUUUUUAUUCGGUGAAGUAUUUUUAGUUACGCAUUUAUUAAUAUAAUUGUAAAAGGUUUAUUUAUUAUAUUUAACUAUUGUGGGUUGCUAAAAUAUACACGGUAAAUGUAAAUUAUACAUUUGUAUUCUAUGUUAAAUAAAGCAACAUCUAAAUCG